GUUGUUACGCUGAUAAUAAGCUACAAUUGUUUGGUGUUGCAAAGCUGAAGUGGCAAUGUACCUAGCAACGAUGAUGAACAUACUGGCACGGACAGGUUUAAAUUCAGACAGGUUCUUUUGAGUGACUUGAACAUUGCAAGAUUUUCUCCUGAUCAGAGAGAAUUGGGUAUCCUAAGCCAUUUCACCAAGCGUCUCUGAUUUCAUCAAUGAGCUACAAGGAGGCAGCAAAAGACAAUCAGCAGAGGAGUCACUGUCCUUUCUGGCUGAUCGAAGACCAGACAGACUGCCACAUUCUGAAUCAUCGUGCUUCAGGAAACGGCUUCAGAAUUCAAGGGCUUCGGUGCUUGAUGUUUCUAAGAAAGGAUGGAUAUGUGAGGUGCAUGAAUUGUUAUAUGAGGCAGAGAGCGGCAGUCUCACCGUUUUGAGGUUCUGAAACGGUCCUACAAUAAAGGUCAGGCUUAAAUAGACUUCAAGAAAUACAGCACAAGAAAAGUGUAUGCAAGAUGCAGAAGUGUAUUUCCAGCGUUUGUGUAUCUCUCAUUUUUUGCGCAAUCCUCACGGAGACAAUUGGAUUUGUAAUUGCGGCGAAAGAGAAGCGAGGAUGGACCCUGAACAGUGCAGGAUACCUCUUGGGUCCUCGUCGUAUUGAUCACCUAAUACAGAUAAAGGAUUCUCCCAGUGCAAGGGGGAGAGAAGAACUGCUUGGUCAAUAUGCAAUUGACAGUCACAGAUCACUGAGUGACAAGCACGGCCUGGCAGGAAAGAGGGACAUGCCGUUGGAGGAUGAUUUCAAAUCAGGGGCUUUGAGAAUAGCUGAUGAAGACGUCAUUCACACCUUAAUCGACUUCCUUUCUUAUCUAAAAUUGAAAGAAAUUGGGGCUCUUGACAGCUUGCAAUCGUCACUCACAUCAGAAGAGAUGGGUCAGCCAUAGCUUGUGACGAGCUUCUACUCUUCUAUUUACUCACUUAGGACCUUUGGCUUUGCCCUUUUCAGUUUGGGCUUUAAAUUCACAAAUUAAGCAAAACAUUUCUGUUCCAUCUGUUUCUCCUGCCACCCUGUGGCAAUUUUUCACUCUUCUAACAACCAUGGCUGUGUGAGUUGGAGAAGGUGUAAAAAAAAAAGAUAAAUAAAUUCUUUAAUGGCUUUCA